CAGUCAAGAAACCACUCUCUAAUCCUUCUUGAUUUCAACCACUCUCCACUCCACAAAAUGCUAGGCAAAAGACUUGGUUCAAUGAAGAAACUAGCCAAGAAAGUUAAGGUCAUCGGCAAUGCCGACCGCGAUCCAUCACAUUAUGAGUGCUUGCUAAGGGAUAACGACGGAGGAGCCAGCUCCCCCACCACCACCACGCCGACCGGAACUUUUGUCGUGUACGUGGGAGACGAUAGGCAGAGGUUUGUCGUGCCGACCGGCUACUUGUCUCACCCUCUGUUCAAGAUACUAUUAGAGAAGGCUUAUAAUGAGUUUGGAUUUAACCAAAGGAAUGGUCUGGUGGUGCCAUGCAGUGUGGCUGCGUUCCAAGAAGUGGUAAGUGCUGUAGAAUGCUGCAAUGGGAAAUUUGAUUUUGGGGACUUGGUAGAGGAGUUUAUUUAGACAACUUCAGUAUGGAAGAGAGUUGAUUCUCUUACAAGAGGUGUUUAGGUUGUAACAGGGCGUUUGUAAUAUACUGUUUAGUACAGUCCAGAAUCAUAUAUGUAAGUCUAGAAUCCUUCUUCAGAUAGGCGUAUGUAGAGGGACGAACCAAGUUUUGUAAUAGUUUUUGUCACUUUGUCCAUUUUCCAGUUAUCUUUACCAGCAGCCGCCCACUCUUGGCCGGGCUGCAAACUGUGGUUGAGGGCGGAGCAAAAUAUUUCUUCAGCAGAUUUCUGCUGAAGGACUAAAUCUAUGUCUUGAAGCAUAAAAUAGUUAGAACGUCACACCAAGCAUAACCCCCAUCAACCUCAAUGGAACAGGGCAAUCUGUUCUCUCUAUUGCAAGUAAAACAUCACUUGUAAGAAAAACAAAUGUUGCAAUGAUCAAUUCUCAGGCAA